GGAAGCGGCCGAGGAACUCCGGUGAUCUCUGACCCUCACAAACUCCCGUCUCCUCCCGCCCCGCGGCAAUGGAGACCCUCCUUUCCCCCUCCGCAUUGCUCACCCCUCUCCGCGGCUCCAAGAAGCCAGCUCCCCCCGCCGUAUCCUGCUCGCUUAAGAAGCAGACGCAGGUGGGCGUGGCUUGGCGUGGAGACGGCGCGAGCGGUGGCGUCGGGAGCUGGGCGUCGUUCUUGCACCACGGCCUUGCCGCGGCGGCGCUGUCCCUGGCCCUCACCCUAUCGCCGGCGCCCGCGCCCGCGGUGGCUUCGGAGUACGACGUGCUGAACGACGGGCCGCCGGCGGACACGUACGUGGUGGACGACGCCGGCGUGCUGAGCCGCGUGACCAAGUCCGACGUGAAGCGGCUCGCCCGCGACCUCGAGGCCCGCAAGAACAUCCGGAUCAACUUCGUCACCGUCCGCAAGCUCACGAGCAAAGCUGACGCGUUCGAGUACGCGGACCAAGUGCUGGAGAAGUGGUACCCGACGGUGGAGGACGGCAGCAACAAGGGCAUCGUCGUGCUCGUCACCAGCCAGAAGGAGGGCGCCAUCACCGGCGGCCCGGACUUCGUGAAGGCGGUCGGCGACGCCAUCCUCGACGCCGCCGUCUCCGAGAACCUGCCAGUGCUGGCGACGGACGAGAAGUACAACGAGGCGAUCUACUCGACGGCGCAGCGGCUGGUGGCGGCGAUCGACGGGCUGCCGGACCCCGGCGGGCCGGCGUUCCAGGAGAGCAAGAGGGAGUCCAACUACAAGAGCAAGCAGGAGACGGAGGAGAAGCGCGGCCAGUUCACGCUCGUCGUCGGCGGCCUGCUCGUCAUCGCAUUCGUCGUGCCCAUGGCGCAGUACUACGCAUACAUCUCCAAGAAGUGAGCGGCGUGCACUGUACAGUAAUUUUUCGAUUCCCCCAUUGGAACUUUAGAAGUGAACAGAGAGGUGAUCAAUACAGGCGCACGCUCGUGUGCAGUGUUCGGAA